GUUGCGCGCUGGCAGCUUAGCAUCAGCACCUGAACCCAGUACUUCCACCUUCCUCACAACAUCGCAGUAAACCUCGCUUAAGUCUUGUUUCGCGAGUUCGACUUCACUAGCUCGUUAAUUCGAGUUCGUGUAAGCUGCAAUGAACUCUCUAACUUACAUCUCACGUCAAUUCGAUGUAUUCGCAUCACCUCGAACUCCUCCGUCAACUCCCGUGGAUGAUAAGACAUCCUUUCUUCGCAGGGCACCGUCUGCUCGCAGAGGAUCAGAUUCUGGUGCUUCUUUCAGGCGCACGAAUUCGAAGUCGCUCCAGCAGCCUCAUGGCUCAGACUCGCAAGGCCCACCAAAACCGAAGCGCUCAUAUUCCUCUCCUUCAGGUUUCUUACCCAUACCAAUUCUGAGGCCAUUUCCUCCUCCGCCUCCAACAGAGGCUGCCAUACAUCUGAAGUCCAGGUUCAGAGUAAGAAGUGCUCUCAGACGGCUGUUUCUUGUUCGCGCUUUUGUUCUCGUAUGGAACACCCUCUGCGCUACAUGGGCGCAAUUGACCCCAGGAGAGAUCGAAAGCAAGGAGAAAGAGGGUCUGGCAGACGAACAUCCUGAAAAACCCCUGGACGAGCCUACUGAUGUAUUGUUACCUGAAACACAACCGCCACUGCCAUCAAUUCCUUCCCCAUCAUCCCCACAUAUUCCAUCUCACGUCCUUCAAGUUAUCUUCUCCCAGCCAGAUAUUGCCACUUUACCCACACCGCCGCCUUCCCCAGGUCCUUCGCUUCCAUCCCAUCCACAAUCGCCCAGAAUUCCUCCAACUACCGUAACCGAUACCGCAUCGAGAUCCCCGACACCCAUUUUGACCACCACGCACAAGACCCCGUUCCAUUUGCCAAAGACUCUCGUUCUUGAUCUCGAUGAAACUCUCAUACAUUCGACGUCCAAACCAAUCGGACAUUCGUCCAGUGGCUCCGGACUUCUCGGUUUCGGGCGCAGGAACAAGGGACACACAGUCGAAGUAGUCCUGGGCGGCCGGAGCACCCUUUAUCAUGUAUACAAGAGACCGUUUGUCGACUACUUCCUUCGCAAGGUUUCUACUUGGUACACACUCGUUGUCUUCACUGCUUCCAUGCAAGAGUAUGCCGACCCAGUCAUUGACUGGUUAGACGCUGGACGUGGCAUUCUUGCGCGCCGUUUAUUCCGAGAGUCUUGCACCCAACUUCCUAAUGGAUCUUAUAUCAAGGAUCUGUCUGUGGUAGAACAAGAUCUCUCUCGUGUCUGUCUGAUCGAUAACUCGCCGGUUAGCUACCGUGGCAAUGAAGCGAAUGGUAUACCCAUAGAGGGAUGGACGCAUGACCCACUCGACGAGGCCCUACUCGAUUUAUUGCCCAUCCUGGAUUCGCUGCGUUUCACCGGAGAUGUACGGAGGGUAUUGGGCAUUCGCGGGUUCUCAUCAUAAUAUUCCUUUAACACCCAUCCUCAACUGACUCUUACCUCAUGGUCUCACAUCGCCGCACCCAUCAUCCUGCAUGUCACAAUUAGCAUUUUGCACGCACGUCUUGCUGCAUAUCAAGCUCAUAACUUAGUACAGGCAGUUUCGUUACAUAAUUUAAUACUGCUUAUCCUGUAC